AUGGCUCGAGAUGACGCCACAACCUCGCGCACCCCUUUCACUAGCGCGUUGACUAGUGUGCAACUCGAAAAGAUAGAUAAGCUGCGCCUACCCGAGUACAAACCCUGCGGAGACCCAGUGGAACACAUGACAGCUUUCAACAUCGCGAUGGCGCAGACUCGACUCUCCGACGAAGAAAGGGACGCAGGCUACUGCCAACUGUUCGUCGAGACUCUCCACGAGCAAGCCCUAACCUGGUUCUCCCAGUUAGAGGAAAACUCAAUCGGAAGCUUCCGUGACUUGUUAGCAGCUAUUCUCAAGACGUACAUUAUGUUCACAAAGCGCAGCGCUACCGCGUCUAGCUUGUGGAACCUCAACCAAACCAAAGACCAGAGCCUCCGCGGCUACAUGGAGAAGUUCAAAGCCGUGGUCUCGAGGAUUGAAAUCCCAGACAGUAUCGCCAUCGACGCCAUGUGGAACACGUUGUGGGUUCGCUCUAAGUUCCGAGAAGACUUAUACCAAAACCCAACUACGUCACUCCAAGACGCUAUCGCGCGCUCUAAUAACUUCAUCCGAAUGGAAGAAGAUACUAAUGCAAUUCUCAGCAAGAUGAACGUACCCAAAGCUCCAGCGGCUAAAAACGCCAACACGCGACAAGAACCGCGCCAGCAAGCCCCAAGCGACAAAAACGGCCGCAAAGACAGAUACAUGUAUGUCGUCAACGAGAACAACAUGCCGUUUUCACCUCUCGUAGUCCGCAGAGAAGGUUGGAACAAGUGGGUAAGGGAGCUCGAUUCGUCCGACAAACCAGUCGAUGCUGUUUGCGCGACCCAACCUACAACAGCAGCAGGUUCUGCGGCAGGCCCUUCCAGAACAGUCGAUCUCACCAAGCACUGCAAAUAUCACGACGUCAAAGGGCACGAUAUGACAGAGUGCAAGAGAGCCCAAUGCAAAGCUACAUGCAAAGGUCGACAAAAUGAAACUCAACAACGAGACGACGAGGAGGACACUCCGAGGGGUAACGGCGAGGGAGACUCCUCAGCCGACGAAGAGCAACUAGCUAAUCGCAGGCGCAUUGAGGUUAUACUCUCUCAGCAAACCUUAUCGUCGGACGACAAGAACGACGACACGCCUGUACUCGAAGAUUUGAGGGACGUUCUGAAACGAAAGUUUGAGUCAGAAGAUAGCAACAGCUCCAAGCACAAUGAUCUUCGAACAACGUUGGAUGCACGGAAGUACCGUCGUAUCUCGGCUGGCAACCCCGAUCCCAAAGAGCGCCCCAACGGUGACCAUCAAGAUAAACUCAACGCUGGCGCAUGCGAUCUUCGCAUCCGUCUCAAUCUUUCGAAAUCCACGGACCUCUGA